UUUAUUUAAUGUUGCUCACAAGACGCUGAUCAAUUUAGGUUACAUUUAAUAAGCGACCUAGUUUUUACAUAGAAGUUUGAUAGCCCUUUAUAUACAUAUCAAUCAAAAUGGGGAAGCGACAGCACCAGAAGGAUAAAAUGUACAUAACGUGUUCUGAGUACACGCAUUUCUAUGGAGGAAAAAAAUCGGAAAUUCCACAGGGAAAUUUUCGACGUUUACCGUUUGACCACUGCAGUCUGUCCCUCCAGCCGUUUGAGUACCCCAUGUGUACUCCUGAUGGAAUCGUCUUUGACCUGCUGAGCAUCGUACCCUGGAUCAAGAAGUUUGGCACCAACCCCAUCUCUGGAGAGAAACUAGAAGCCAAGUCCCUCAUCAAGCUCAACUUUACCAAGAACAAUGAUGGUAAAUACCACUGUCCGGUCCUAUACACCGUCUUCACCAACAACUCUCACAUUGUUGCCAAUAAGGUCACUGGUAAUGUGUUCUCUCACGAGGCGGUGGAACAACUCAACAUCAAGACCAAGAGUUACAGAGACUUGUUGUCAGAUGAACCAUUCACCCGACAAGACAUCAUCACACUUCAGGACCCAACCAACCUGGACAAGUUCAACGUCUCCAACUUCUUCCAUGUCAAGAACAACCUUAAAGUUCUUGAUCCAGAUGAGGAGAAAGCGAAGCUACACCCUGCCUACCACCUGAAGAGCACCAACAUGGAGACCAGAGAGACUCUGGCGGAGCUUUACAAAGACUACAAAGGAGAUAGUCUGCUGGCCGCCACCAUGGUGGAACCCAAGGCCAAGAAGACAGACAAACUCAACGCCGCUCACUACUCUACAGGAAGAGUCUCUGCUUCCUUCACCAGCACAGCCAUGACUCCUGCCACAGAACACACAGCAGAUGCCAUAGCUGAUGACACGGUGCGCUACAGCUACGUGAAGAAGAAAGGAUACGUCCGCCUGCACACCAACAAAGGAGACAUCAACCUGGAGCUGUACUGUGACAAGGUUCCUAAAGCAGGAGAGAACUUCAUCAAGCUCUGUCAGAAGGGUUACUAUGACAACACGAUAUUCCACAGGUCCAUCAGAAAUUUCAUGAUCCAAGGAGGAGACCCGACAGGGACUGGACUAGGAGGGGAGUCUUUUUGGGUUAAGCCCUUCAGAGAUGAGUUCCGGCCUAACCUGUCCCACACCGGUCGGGGGGUCCUUAGUAUGGCCAACUCAGGUCCCAACACCAACAAGUCCCAGUUCUUCAUCACCUUCAGGUCAUGUCCCUACCUGGACAGGAAACACACAGUGUUUGGAAGGGUGGUGGGAGGAUUUGAAACGCUAACUGCCAUGGAAAACAUAGAGGCUGAUCCCAAAACAGACAAGCCAAAGUCUGAGAUCAAAAUACUGAGUGGCACUGUGUUUGUGGACCCUUAUGAAGAGGCAGACUUGCAGAUUGCGGCAGAGCGACAGAAGGAUGUGCAGAAGAAUGAGGAGGACAGAGCUCAGAGCAGUGUCUCUCAGAAGAAGACUGAAGCAGAGGAGGCGCCCCAGACCUUCAAGGCUGGAAUAGGAAAAUACAUCAACCCUGCUACCGCCACCGUGAAGCGUCCAGCUGCAGCAACGGACAGUGGACCAUCCACCAGCGGAGCCAAGAAGGCCAAAGGAAAGACUGGCUUUGGAGACUUCAGCUCGUGGUAGCAGGUCAUGAACCCUGGCUCUGACCUCAAUGGGACCUAUUUUGUAGAUAGUGCUUUUCCCGUUGUUCAGGUUCCUCGUAUGUUCAAUAUAGGCAGUAUGAUGCCAUUUCAGAAUCAAUGACUAAACCCAUCUCCCCUGUACACCUCUCUCCCACUGCCCAUCAAUGUCUUAUUCCGUCUGGUGAAACAAUGUUUUUGUUUUUUGUUUAUACUUUUUCACUGAUAUGUGUAUAAUAAAAUGCAUUUGUUUUAACAAA